AUGCCUUUACAAAGCCCACCAUCACUGUCCUCACAGGACGAUUCUUCCCCAUCCUCGUCGUCGCAGGCAUUCUCCUCCGGACUGAACACUAGCCCGGCAUCGUCACGACCGUUGCUGCGCACUUCAACGUCCGACCCGGCCGCGGGCUUGACCAUUCCCUUCGAGCAGCUCACUCUGCAGGAGCAGAAGGACUUUUGGAGCCAUCACCCCCAGAUCGCACACGUCAAGGCGCACGCCCCACGCAAUCCGAGCGUUGGCAUUGAGCCGCAACAAAUAGAACCGGGAGAAUAUUACAACAUGGAGAUGUUUGACAACAGGAUGCGGGAGCACGAGGGUGGGAAGGGCAAGGGUAAGGACGCUGGCACGCAGCUGCAACAUGCAUGUGCAAGCCCGCUCCCGAGUAUAUGCGGGUCGGACGGAGCGGCAGUGCAGCUGCGCCAAGAAAAAUGGCGAGGGCGCGAUCACCUAGUUCGGUGCCUCCCGACGUCUCAUGUGGGGCCGGCCAUGGCCGAGGCCGGAGCGGACGGUACGGAGGCCGGGGGUGUGCAGAUUGGCAGGAGAUGGCCGGAGGUGCAGCGCCGGGAGGCCCCCGGAGGACCGGUCAACGUGAUGCCCGACGGCGACGGCGCCCACAGCGUCUUCGGCGCGUACGACUUUGAGCGCUCGCCCGGACCCGCAGGCGGCGAUCACGCGGGAUCCGCAGGCUCGUCCGCGUCAUCCAGCGAUAGCCUUCCCACCGCGUCAUCGCAGUCAUCACCUCCGACAGGCCCGACAUUAUCCCGCGUCGACACCCCGAUGGACACGGGUAGCAGCGCGGCCGCCAGCUCCUCCGCGGUCGCCUCGACGAGCACCGCUCACUACCACAUUGACGCCGGUCUCAUGGCAUCGACCUCGCAGCACCAGCUGGCGGGUACUAAAGUGCCGGCAUCACCCGUGCACCCUUUCUCCCGCCCGUACUCGUCACCGGACACCUACGGCUCGCGGCAGCCACCUGCACGAAUACAUUCACCAACGCCCGUGCGCGCCGCCCCAAUGCCUGACCGGAGUUCGACUGCCAGCCUGCCACUGCCCUUCCACACGCCUUUCCACACGCUCCCAUCUGUGGCCCCAUCGAAUGGCGCGAUCAUGGAGGACCGGGAUCCGGUUGGCCGCGCGUCGUUGCCGCAGCAGCAGGCGCCGUCGCUGUCAUAUUUUGCCGGUCCGUCGCGAUAUCGAUCGUCGGCGGCGGAGCAUGAUUCAGAUUGGCCUGACGACCGCUCCGUGUCGCCGCCGAUGGCCCGGAUUCUCGAGCGCGCGUAUCCCUCGAUGAUGUAUCCGCUACCGCACGCCGUACCGUCACCGGAGCUCGGGCCCUUGCCCCCUCCGGCGCCGCCAGUCGUGCUCACGCCACCCCCGCCGCCCCUCAGCGAGGAGACACGGGACCGGGCACCGCACGAGCCAUUCUUGGCUCACGACCCUGCACCUCACGAUAGCUACAUCGCCGUCGAGACAAACCCGAGGGAGUAUCGGCUGCUUGUGAGACUGCCAGGGUUCAGGAGAGACGCAAUAACGCUUUCAACCCGAAAAAGACGGAUAUUGCACGUUGUUGCAGAUUCAUGGGAACCGAACGGUGGUCAUUUCGAACGACGUAUAUCGUUCGGGUAUGACGCUGACUUGGCACAAGUGCGCGCGGAAUUCGACGGCGAAUUCCUCAGAGUGAUUGUGCCUCGUCGAGGCACGCCGGCUUCACUCUGGGGCAUCCGCGACUAG